AUGUCCUGUGGAUUUGUGCUAAAUUUCAGGGACAUUAGACUUGAAGUGAGGGUUAGGAUUACGUUUGUUGAAACGGCGCUCUUCAAGCUAUGCGUUCUCCUCCAGGACUACGUGUCCUCUGAUCUUCUCACCCCUGAAUCUUCCUUGUCCGCCACCUAUGGCAGCUGGGAGGCCCUGAUAGCUUCUUUUCGCAAUGUGGAUGUGAAGGACCUCUUUACCUUCCUGUCUGAGCACGGAGCCCAUCAUGCUCACGCCCUGCUUUGCAGUUGGCAGGGCGACCUGUCAACCGCACUGGACAUUUGGAAGCGGCUGGCCUUCGGGGAGUUGAAGGAUCCCUCUUUUCCAGGACUGAACUUUUACUUGAAUACCCUUUUUACGUAA